AAAAAAAAGCGGUGAGAAAAAGAAAGAAGAGAGAGGGUGACCACUAUGGAGACAGCGCAACCCAUUACUCAUUAUUGGUUUUCUCCUACCAUUCUUUUGCUAAAGUUCAAGUCUUUGUGUAAGUUUCUCAGAAGAAGAACCAAAUCGAAAAUUGAAGACUUUGCGCUGUUGUCUUGAAGACCUAAGUCGAUCUGACUUCUCUUUUUUUUUUCUUUUUUUUUUUUUCUCUUGUAGCAAUGCUGAGAAUUUAGCUGCAUUCACUCUUUCUUCUGUCAGUUCAAUUCAAUCUCUCCUCUUUUCUUACAACAAUGGCAUCUAGAACCAAAACUGGGUUGAUGGAGACUCCUCGUAGUAAACCAUCACCACCACCUCCCCGACUGAGUAAACUUACUCCUACUAAAUCCGAUGGCAGUUCGGCUUCCCCCGUGCCAAAUACUCGUCUUUCGCUUGACCGUUCUCCUCAAACAGCUAACUCAAAGCCUGCUCCUGAUCGUCGGCCUUCUAGGAUUCCUACACCCGAGAAAGUGCAUUCACGGUUGGUGAAAGGGUCGGAGCUUCAAGCUCAAUUGAAUCAGAUUCAGGAGGAUUUAAAGAAAGCCGAUGAGCAAAUAGAAUUGCUCAAGAAAGAUAAAGCUAAAGCCAUAGAUGAUCUUAAAGAAUCCGAGAAACUUGUAGAAGAAGCCAAUGAGAAACUCAAAGAGGCAUUGGCAGCUCAGAAACGAGCUGAGGAGUGUUUCGAGGUUGAGAAAUUCCGAGCUGUUGAACUGGAACAGGCUGGACUUGAAGCUGUUCAGACAAAGGAUGCAACGUCAAGGAACGAGCUAGAGUCUAUUAGAAGUCAGCAUGCGUUGGACAUCUCAGCUCUCCUCUCUACCACAGAAGAACUUCAGAGGGUGAAACAUGAAUUGGCUAUGACCGCUGAUGCUAAAAACAAGGCGCUAAGCCAUGCUGAGGAAGCGACGAAGAUUGCUGAAAUCCAUGCUGAGAAGGCUGAGAUUCUUUCUUCUGAAUUAGGCCGGUUAAAGGCAUUGCUCGGUUCCAAGGAAGAAAAAGAAGCUAUUGAAGGUAACGAGAUUGUGUCUAAACUGAAGUCUGAGAUUGAAACGUUGAGAGGGGACCUUGAAAAAGUUGGUAUCCUUGAGAAUAGUCUGAAGGAGCAUGAACAAUCAAUUGAACAGCUUCACGUUGAUCUAGAAGCUGCUAAAAUGGCUGAAUCUUGCGCUAUUGGCUUAGCAGAAGAAUGGAAGAACAAGGUUCAUGAACUUGAAAAACAUGUUGAAGAAGCAAAUAGAUUGAAGACAUUUGCUUCAGAAUCUGUGGAAUCCGUUAUGAAGCAGCUGGCCGAAUGUAAUCAUGUGCUGCAUGAGAUGAAAUCCGAAAAUGCUGCACAAAAAGAAAAGCUUGAGUUGCUAGAGAAAACAGUUGACGCGCAGAGAACAGAUCUUGAGGAAUCUGGACGCCAGGUUUGGAUCGCAAAAGAAGAAGCUUCUGAAAUGGAAAAACUUGUUGAAUCCAUAAAAUCUGAGCUUGAGAUCUCCGAAGAGGAAAAAACUAGGGCCUUGGACAAUGAAACGACUCUAACAUCAAAUAUUCAGAAUCUAAUGAAUGAAAAGACAGAACUUUCAAUAGAACUGGAACGCUGUAAGAUGGAAGAAGAGAAAAGCAAGAAAGAUAUGGAUAGCUUGACGUUGGCUUUGCAGGAAGCAUCUACUGAAGCGAGGGAAGCAAAGGAGAAGUUUUUGGCAUGUCAAGAGGAGUUCAAGCACUGUGAAUCCCAGUUUGACAGUUUGAAGUUGGCUUCAAAGGAGACAAAUGAAAAGUAUGAGCAAAUGCUUGAGGAUGCUAGAUUUGAAAUUGAUAGUCUGAAAAGUGCUGUAGAUAGCAUCCAGAAUGAGUUCGAGAACUCUAAGGCUGGGUGGGAACAGAAAGAGCUUCAUCUGAUGGGCAGUGUGAAGAAAUCAGAAGAAGAAAAUUCGUCUUUGCAGGAAGAAGUAAGUAGGCUGGUGAAUUUGAUCAAAGAAAGUGAAGAAGAUGCAUGUGCAAAGAAGGAGGAAGAAGUCAAUUUGAAAAAUAAUCUCCAAGAAGCUGAAGGGGAGGUAAAGUACCUACAGGAAACACUUGGAGAAGCAAAAGCUGAAAGCAUGAAACUGAAAGAGAGCUUGUUGGACAAAGAAGAUGAGCUAAAGAAUGUCAUGGCAGAGAACAGCAGCCUCAGAGAAUGGGAAGGUUCUGUAAUUGAGAAAAUCGAGGAGUUGUCGAAGGUUAAGGAAAGCUUGGUUGAUAAAGAAACCAAGUUAAAGAGCAUAACUCAAGAAGCUGAAGAGCUAAAAGAAAAGGAGGCCGCUCAUAUGAAGCAGAUUGAGGAGUUGUCAAUGGCGAAUGGAAGCUUGGUUGAUAACGUAACCAAAUUGCAGAGCAUUGUUCAAGAAAGUGAAGAUCUCAAAGAAAAGGAAGCUGCUUAUCUUAAGAAGAUUGAGGAGUUAUCAGUAGUGAAUGAGACCCUGGCUGAUAACUUAACGGAUUUGCAAAGCAUUGUUCAAGAAAGUAAGGAUCUCAAAGAAAAGGAGAUUGCUUAUCUUAAGAAGAUUGAGGAGUUAUCCGUGGCAAGUGAGAGCUUGGUUGGUAAAGAGACCAAACUGCAGCACAUUAGUCAAGAGGCUGAGGAGCUCAGAGGAAGGGAGGCUGCUCAUUUGAAGAAGAUUGAGGAGUUGUCGAAGACGAAUGAGAGUUUGGUUGAUAAUGUGGCCAAUAUGCAAAGCAUGGCUCAAGAAAGUAAGGAUCUCAAAGAAAGGGAGGCUGCUUAUCUUAAGAAGAUUGAGGAAUUGUCAAUGGUAAAUGGGACCUUGGCUGAUAAUGUAACCAAUCUGCAGAAAAUAUCUGAAGAAAGUAAGGAGCUCAGAGAAAGAGAGACUACAUUACUUAAGAAGACAGAGGAGUUGUCAGAAUUGAAUGAAAGCUUAGUUGAUAAAGCGAGCAAAUUGCAAACAGUUGUUCAGGAAAAUGAGGAAUUGAGAGAAAGGGAGACUGCGUAUCUAAAAAAGAUUGAGGAGUUGUCAAAAUUGCAUGAAAUGUUAUCUGAAAAAGAAAACAGUCUCCAGAGUUCUAUUCAUGAGAAAGAGGAGCUCAAAGAAAGGGAGACUGCUUAUCUUAAGAAGAUUGAGGAUUUGUCAAAGGUGCAAGAGGAUCUGCUUAAUAAAGAAAAUGAGUUGCAUGGUAUGGUCGUGGAGAUGGAGGACCUUAGAUCAAAGGACUCUCUCGCCCAAAUGAGGAUAGAAGAGUUAUCAAAUUUUAAUGCAAGUUUGCUCGUUAAAGAGAAUGAGUUACAGGCUGUUGUUUGCGAAAAUGAGGAGCUGAAGUCCAAGGAGGUUUCAUCACUAAAGACGAUAGACGAGCUGUCAGACCUGAAACAAAGUUUGAUUCACAAAGAAAAAGAGCUCAAGGCUGCAAUUGUUGAAAACGAGAAGCUCAAGGCUGAAGCAGCCUCGUCCCUCGAGAGGAUUGAAGAGUUGACAAAUCUUAAACAGAGUUUGAUAGAUAAGCAGAACGAACUGCAGGUUGUCUUUCAUGAAAACGAGGAGCUCAAGGCCAAGGAGGCUUUGUCUUUGAAAAAGAUUGAUGAGUUACUACAUCUAGAGCAAAGUUGGCUUGAUAAGGAAAGUGAGUUUCAAAGAGUUACGCAAGAAAACCAAGAGCUUAAAACGCAGGAUGCUUUAGCAGCAAAGAAAAUAGAGGAGUUGUCAAAGCUGAAAGAGAGCUUACUUGAAAAAGAAACCGAACUAAAAGGCAGGGAAGCUGCCGCAGCCCUUGAGAAAAUGGAAGAAUCAUCAAAGGUUGGAAACGGUGACCUUACCAACAUCGGAACAGAUUAUGACUUGGUUCAGUUUUCCGAAGUAAAUGGUCUUAGGAAUGGGGAUGUAAAGACAAAGACUGAUCCUUUUCAGCACAGAAGCAGAGAACAUUUGGUACAAGAAAGUCCCAUGGAAGCAAUUGAUAAACAUUUGAUGGGUGGAACUCAUAGGGUACCUCACAGAGGUGAAGGAGAAAGGAGAGUAGAUAAAGACAGUGUGGAGCCUGAAUUCAAGAUGUGGGAGAGCUACAAGAUAGAAAAAAGCGAAGUAUCUCCCGAGAGAGAGACCGAGCUCGACUCUGUAGAAGAGGAAGUUGAGUCGAAAGCAGAAGGCAGUGAGAACAUGGAUCAGUAUAGCAAUGGCUUCUCUUCAACAGACCACACCGAAGAUUCUGGAAAUUUGCUGUUAAAGGAACAACAUAUGAAGAAGAAGAAACCUUUGCUCCGGAAAUUUGGAAACCUGCUUAAAAAGAAGAGUACAGGCAGUAGCAGUCAAAAGUAGGGUCUCUUUGCAACAGGGCUUUUCUUGGUUUAUGUUUAUCGUAUUAAAAUUUCUGAGAGUAUAGCUCUAUAUUUGAUCUAUGCUUUCACAUGGCUUCCAAAUCAAGAUUUAGAUUGUCUAUGACACUCCCCUUUGAUCUUGUUCUCUUAUUUUUUUUCUUCUUGAAUUGUUUUUGUUGUGAGUUUUAGCGUACUGCAAAGAAAGAACAUUUCAUUUAUUAUCUGCAAGAUUCUGUAUAGAAGCAGGGUUACUUAUUAA